AUGAAGACAGGCGUCAGUAUUGCCUCACUCAGCGUCACUGUUGCGAAUAUUUCGCUCACAAUGGCACAGAACAUGUCUUACGGGGCCGACAACUGGUACCGCAGCGAUCAGGUGACUGUUCAGCCGAUCAACUUCCUGACCCAAUUUCGAACUUCCGUCGCGGGGAACAUCUUCAUUCGCAACGAUCUUGCUCGCAACAACCAGACCGCCAGUACGCCUGCCAUUGUCGUCGGUCACCCAAUGGGUGCGGUAAAGGAACAGAGUUCCAACCUCUAUGCCACGAAGAUGGCUGAGCAGGGCUUUGUGACCAUCUCUCUCGAUCUCCCAUUCUGGGGCUCUAGCGAGGGCGAGCCAAUGAACACCGUGUCGCCAGACUUCUACGCCGAGGCUUUCAGCGCGGCAGUGGACUAUCUGGGCACACAGGCAUUUGUUGAUCGCGAGCGGAUCGGCGCGAUUGGUGUUUGUGGCAGCGGUUCAUUCGUUAUCAGCGCCGCCAAAAUCGAUUCUCGCAUCAAGGCCAUCGCCACAUCGAGUAUGUACGACAUGGGAUCAGUAUCCCGCAACGGACUUCGUCAUGCCCAUACUGUUGAACAGCGCAAAGAAAUGAUUUCACGCCAACACACAACAAAUUUCGAAGGAAACUUUUUCUUCGAAAUACGACCCUUUCGCGAUCGAUUUAGAUCAUAG